GGAGGAUUUGGUCCUGUUUAUAAGGGUAAAUUUCCUGGAGGACAAGAAAUUGCUAUUAAGAGGCUCUUGAGUGGUUCAGGACAAGGCUUACAAGAAUUUAAGAAUGAGGUUUUGUUGAUUGCCAAACUUCAGCAUCGGAAUCUUGUCAGACUUCUGGGCUACUGUGUUGAAGGAGAUGAGAAAAUGUUGCUCUAUGAAUAUAUGCCCAAUAAAAGCUUAGACACGUUCAUCUUUGAUCAAAAUCAAUGUGUGUUGCUGAACUGGGAGAUUCGCUUUAAUAUCAUAUUGGGAAUUGCUAGAGGGCUUCACUAUCUUCACCAUGAUUCAAGGUUAAGAGUUAUCCACAGAGAUUUGAAAACCAGCAAUGUUCUACUUGAUGAAGAGAUGAACCCGAAAAUUUCUGACUUUGGGUUGGCGAAGAUUUUUGGAGGCAAGCAAACUGAGGCAAACACAAACAGAGUAGUUGGGACAUAUGGUUACAUGUCCCCAGAGUAUGCAUUACAUGGGUUAUUCUCAAUCAAAUCGGACGUUUUCAGUUUUGGUGUUGCUGUACUUGAGAUUAUCAGUGGAAAAAGAAACACUGGAUUUUACCAGUCAGAACAAGCUUCAAGUCUUCUAGACUACGCAUGGAAGCUAUGGAAAGAAAACAAGGCACUGGAUUUAAUGGAUCCACCAUUGAGGGAGACUUGCAAUGAAAAUGAAUUCUUGAGGUGUUUCAACGUAGGACUAUUGUGCGUACAAGAUGAUCCAAAUGAUCGACCGACUAUGUCAAAUGUGGUAGUCAUGCUUGGAAGUGAAAAUGGAAAUCUUCCAAGUCCUAAGCAACCGGCCUUUGUUGUGAAAAGACCACUUUCUAGCAGAGCUUCUUCUGAACCAUUAUCAAAUAAUGAGUUAACAGAUACCUUGAAUGAAGGCCGGUGACAAUCUUUAUCUGCGAGUCUUGCAGGUCAUUGCCUUGAACAAGGUGGUGUCUGUUUUGUUGAGCAUUGCCAUGUACUUCUUUUUUGGUGUGAACUUAGUGUGUGUGUGAGCAUAGAGGAAGAUAUGCUGUACGCGGUCAUAUAAACCUAAAGAGUUGACUAAAAGCCUGAUUUUUAGUGUGUAUAACUUUACAAUAAUCUAGUCAAGAUCAAACUCUAGAACCAGAACAGGAGAAUCUCAUUAUUGCCACAAGCAAUGACGCUGAAAGUUCGAUUGUCAAAAGCUCAAACAUAAUGUUGGGAUUUUUGGAUCGGCAUUAUUUUGCAAAUUGAAAGAUUUGAUUUUGGGUUUAAUAUGGAGAUUGAUUUGCUGCAUUGAAUUGAUUUAGAGAUUGAAUGGAAAGUACUUUAGCUUGCUCCCUGAGAUGGGGCUCCAUUACAUCUUUAAUUACAGCUUUGUGUCAAACCAA